UCGUCACGGCUAAGAAUGCUGGGAUUUGAAGUCUUCAAAUUUAUGUUGGUGCAGGUCGCGCGACUUGUGGAAGGGGCCCGUGACGUCAUCGAGGGGCGACGCGGCGCUUCUUUCCGAGCCGCAGCGGACGUGCGGGCGACGGGUGGAGGUCAGUCCUCGCUCUGCGACGGCGGCCCUGGGAAGAUCCCCAGCAAGAUGGCGGCCAGGCUGAUGCACCGCUGGUAUUGGCUCUGCCGAACCUUCUCUCCCUUGGGCCUCCAAGCUGGCCAGUUGACCAAGGCUAUGCGGUCAAGCAGACCUCCCUACGUCUCGAUGACCACUUACAACCUCUCGCAAGUGGCAGACAUCUCCGUGAAGGAGGCGGAGAGCAAACCCCUGGAGAAGCCCACCAGGUGGGAAGACCUCAUCAUGGCUUCUUCCAGCGUGGAGGAACUCCUUUCCCCUGAACAUCUGCAGGACCUUGGCGGGAACCAGGCCGCCCUCAUGAUCACACGCUUGUCCCAUCUGGCCUCACAGCUGAAACUGGACCACGAGGAGAUCUUGAAGGAUAAACGUUUCCAAGCGCUGCUCCAUCGCACGUACAAGGAGGCCUCCAGGAUCCAUCAAAUGGGGUUGAUUAACCUCCUGAAGAGUCUUUAUUUUUUGGGGGUCAACCCCCAGCAGAAGGAGUUGCAUUCAGCUGAGCAGGAGCUGCGCUGGCGCCUGCGCGAACUCUCCUACCGGCGCCUGGCAUCCUUGGCCACUUACCUAGCCACCUACAUCCCCAAGGAGAAACCUCACGAGCUUCUGACUGAGCUUUUUGCCCAGCUGGAGAUGCGUUGGGCCGAGAUAGAAGAUGCCAACACCAUCGCCAUGCUCAUGGCCAAACGGGGGUACCUCUCGCCGCAACUCCGGGAGCGGCUGGAGGACAAGAGCCUGGAGCUGGCCGCCCACUUCUCUCCCGAGGACAUCCGGAGGAUCGCCGUCAUCCUGGCCCAACAAAACCUCCGUUCCUUGCCGCUUCUUCGAGCCAUCUCCUACCAUUUUGUCCAGAAGCAUUUCGCCGUCGAGCCGGAUAUCCUCCUGGAUUUGGCUUAUGCUUUUGGGAAGCUGAAUUUCCACCAGACUCAGAUGUUCCAGAAGAUCUGCUCGGACCUCCUGCCCCACUUCUCCAAGUUGCCUCCUACCGACGUGGUCCGUUGCGUGAAGUCCUUCUCCUACCUCAAAUGGUUGAACCUGCCUUUCUUCGAGGCCUCUGCCGAGUACUUCAUCCACAAUAGCAAGAAAUUUACUCUGAGCCAGCUGGUUAAUCUCCUGGUUUCUUAUGCCCGCUUGAAUUUUCAACCCAGCAACAAAGAGGACUUUUACACCAAGAGCCACCACAUCCUGGAUGGUCAACUGGGCAGCCUAAACCCUCCCCUGCUGGUCGACCUAGUCUGGUCGUUGUGUGUCUUACAGCAAGCAGAGGCCGUCCAUUUCCAGACUGUUCUGCUGCCUAAGUUUUUCUCCAGUUUCUUUGGAAACUGGACUCCGGCCCGUCAGAAUUCGUGGCUCAAACUCAUGCACAUCAACACCACGGCCCAAUUGGAGUCUCCGGGUUACGACGGGCCCUUCUUACCGCCAGAUAAACUGACCCUCCAGGAUUUGGGGGUUGAUCGGACCCCCACUUCUCUCCAGACCGAGGUCAACACCAUCCUUGCCAAGGUGGCUGGCAGUGAGGCAAAGGUCCGUUUCGAUGUGCACACCCCCUUCGGCUGGAAGCUCGAUGCUGAGAUGCUUUUGGACUCCGAAAACAACCCGCUCCCUGUCGCUGAAUGUGACGCAUUAUCAGUGGACUGGCCAUCCAAAGAGUCUUUGGCGUCGGGGGUGAAAAGGCUGGCUUUCCUCCUCUGGGAGUUCCCCAACUUCAGCAGCCGCAGCAAAGACCUUCUGGGCCGCUUCGUUCUGGAGCGACGGCACCUCCAAACUGCCGGCUUCGUCAUUGUCGAGGUUCCUUACCACGAAUGGUUCAACCUGAACACAGAGUGGAAGAAGACCCAAUAUCUUAAAGACAAGAUGCAGAAAGCCCUCGCCAAAGAUUUAGCGGACUAGAACUUUGCAACUGGGUGUAAAGUGCGAGUAAAUGUGAAAUCGCGUGGAAUUAAAUGAUUAUUUUGUACAGAA